AAGAAUGUCUUCCAAGCAGGCUACCUCUCCAUUUGCAUGUGCAGCUGAUGGAGAGGAAACAAUGACCCAGGACUUAGCAUCACGAGACAAGGAAGAGGGCAACAGUGAUCAGCAUGCGACCUCUCAUCUGCCUCUACAUAGUGUAAUGCACAACAAACCUCACUCUGAGGAGCUACCAACUCUGGUCACAACCAUUCAGCAAGAUCCUGAGUGGGAUGGAGUCAUCUCAGCCCAACACAGAAUGGAAUCAGAGAGUAAUAAGUUAUGUUCCCUAUAUUCCUUCCGAAAUACCUCUACCUCACCAAACAAGCCCGACGAAGGAGGUCGUGACCGCAGUGAGCUAAUGACCAGUGUUAAUUUUGGAACACCAGAACGCCGCAAAGGAAGCCUUGCAGAUGUGGUGGACACACUGAAGCAGAAGAAACUAGAAGAAAUGACCAGGACUGAGCAAGAGGAUUCAUCCUGCAUGGAAAAGCUACUUUCUAAAGACUGGAAGGAGAAGAUGGAAAAAUUAAAUACAAGUGAUCUCCUUGGAGAAAUUAAAGGUACACCAGAAAGCCUGGCAGAAAAAGAGCGACAGCUCUCUACUAUGAUCACCCAGCUGAUCAGCUUACGGGAGCAGCUCCUAGCUGCCCAUGAUGAACAGAAAAAGCUGGCAGCCUCACAAAUUGAAAAACAGCGGCAGCAAAUGGACCUUGCUCGCCAACAGCAAGAACAGAUUGCAAGACAACAGCAGCAACUUCUGCAACAGCAGCACAAAAUCAAUCUACUGCAGCAGCAAAUUCAGGUCA